AUGUAUCUAUCCCAAACUGAAGUCAGAUUUGUGAAUACUAUUUCAUCAUUUACAUAUUGCCACUCGAAUACGCAGUUCCAAUUUGGAAAUAACACUCGACUGAUUUGUAACAUUUCUCUCUCUCUCUUUCUUUAUCUAUUCUACACUUGUUAUCUAUCUAUCUAUCCAUCUGUCUCCUACACUUUCUGCCUGUCUAUCUAUCUAUCUAUCUAUCUAUCUAUCUGUUCUACAUUUUCUGUCUGGCUAUCUCUCUCUAUCUAUUUAUCUAUCCUGCUCUUUGUAUCUAUAUAUCCUUCUCUUCGCAUCUAUCUAUCUAUCUAUCUAUCUAUCUAUCCUUCUCUUUGCAUCAAUCUAUUUUACACUUUCUCUCACUAUCUAUACUUUCUGUCUAUAUAUCUAUACACAUAUUUCUGUCCAUCUAUUCUGCUCUUUGCAUCUAUCUAUCUAUCUAUCUAUCUAUCUAUCUAUCUGACUGUCUGUUCUGCUAUUUGUAUCUAUCCAUCUACAGGUAGAAAAGUACAGAAAGCCAUCAAUAUAAAUAUAUAG